UAACCAUGGCAGACAGUGUAAGUAAAUAAAUCUUUUUUACAGACCGUAAAGCUACUCGACCGCAUGGCUCGGCGAAAUAUGGGACAAUACAAGAAGGGAGCAAGUGCAAAAGCAAACCUAACUUACCCAACGCUAUUGUUUGUUGGUUUGCUUUUAUCCACUUUGAUCUGUUCGCUCGUCUAUAUAUUUCCACACUCCCUCCCUCUGCCGCGCUCGUUCUCUUCUCUUUCUUACUAUCAUUCCACCUUCUUCAAUCCUCUUUGGACUGCAAUAAUUAGGAUACGAUUGAUCGGCCUGGCGGGGAGCUUUUUGCUUCUCUCUCUCCACAAAACCCCCCCUUCCAGCCGGCCCUCGGGCUAAGCUUGGUCGAAUUCGUCUCCAGCAUCGACAAUGCUUGAUCGGGUUUGUGUCCAGCAUUGACAAUGAUCUCGGUACGUAGGGCGCCGAGAAGAAGCUGCGAGUCUACGGGAUGAAUAGAAGAAGAGUUUGCUCUGGAUUAGCUGAAAGAUUCCCGGAUGGUCUAUUGGGGCCUCAGGACAAGCUUGGUCGAGUUUGUUUCCAGCAUCGACAAUGAUAU